CCUGCAAAAAGUCCAGAUCUCAAUCCAAUUGAGAAUAUGUGGGGCUACCUUGAUAACAAGGUUAGAGAUAGAAGACCUCAGCCUACCACACUAAAAGAACUGGAGGUUGCUUUGUUGGAGAAGUGGGCAGAAAUCACAGCAAGUACUUGUGUGAAGUUUUAUCUAAGCAUUAAAGAUCGUAUGAUAUUAGUUAGGAAGAAGCAUGGAGAAGCUAUUAGAGAGCUGUUUAAAUUUGAGGUGUAUCCUUUCAUCUGA